AAGCCUCUAAAAGCCAUCUUAGUCAAAAAUGAGAUAACGAUAAUGAGUGAAUGCUCUCCACACAUAGUAGAUGUUCAUCAAGUACUUCCACUUCAAAUGCGCUAAAUCCCCGGCCUCAACCCAUUCAGAAGGACUUGUACUUACAUAGAAACCUAUACAUAGUAGCCAGAAAGAAAUGCUUAUUUUAAAGAAAAACAUCAGACGUACUUACAGGCUUUUGCAUUUUAUUUAACAGUAUGGCAUUACACAGUACAUAAAUGAGUACAACAGUUAACAAUAGAAAAGUCAGUAAAUUCAAUAAUUGAAGUGUAAUUAUGCUAUGCAUUGAGUAACGUUGUCUGUCUGAGAAGUGAGCCGAAGUGCAGUCAUCUCUGCAGGGCUCUCAAACUCCGCUCCUGGAGAUACAACGCUCAAAACCUGGCGUGUCGUGUGGAGCUGAUGAAUGAAUGAAUUUCUCAAGUACAAACUGAUGAGGUUGUGGGUCAGUUUGGAGGACACAUGAAAAUGUUUGUUUUAGUAAACUUCACCAAACCCACACUAAAAAAUCAAAGAAAAACCCAUUAUUAUUUGUCACAUUAGAAUAAAAUACAUGGAUAUAAUAACAAAAGUAACUAAACUGAACCACAAUCUCUUAUUUUUUUUUCUAAUUUCAUUUAAUAUUUUCAUACCAUUGACAGUUUUAAUAAACAUGGACUUCACUUUCUUUAAAAAAGGCUUAUUUCUGCUAUUGCAGGCUCAUUUUGUAAAUGUAAGCUAAGUUAAUUUUAAUUACAUACAAGCGCAAACUGGGUGCUUAAUGCUAAUUUGCCACAUUUGCAACAUCAUUUUUAUCAAGCUCCUAUGUAUAGCUUCAGUUAUUUCACUUUAAUGGCAAAAAAAAAAAAACGUAUUCAUUUCCAUUACAGUGAAAUUACUGAACCUGCACAUAGGAGUCUAAUAAAAAUGCUCAUUCUAGAAGAAAAUUUCAAACAGCACUUAAAGUGUAACAUACAACAGUAUACGAGAUCGUGUCUGCCUGAGUACAACGCUGUUUGUGUGUUUUCUGACUUAAAACUUUGAACUUUCUCACAUGCUUGCCUGCUGUUCUAAGUUCAAGGUCUUGGGACUCAUUGAGAAAUUUGAGUGAAGUUCAUUAAGACCUGAGUGAUUUUGUGUUUUUGUAUGUUCGUAAGAUUUUAUGAUCACUGUCAGUUUCUGCACAUAUAAAACUAUAACAUGUUCAUUACUUUAUUGCUCUGUAGUUAUUGGAAAAUCAAACUAUAUUUAGAUAUUGUGUUCUCCAGUGUAGUUAUUUACCUGUAGUUGUUUUUAGCAAAUCUGGUUCUUCCACAUAGAAAUUCAUGUUCAGUGAAGCUCCUCCCACAACAAUCACACAUUCAGCAAUUCACCAAUAAAUGCUGGAAUAUUUCCAUCAGUUUACAGUGAAGACGAUCAUCAGGAAGAGCUGAAAUCUGCAAAGACUGAGUUUAUUAAAGAGGACAGAGAGAAGAUGAGAGAUCCAGAACCCUGCAGAAUCAAACGCACUGAAGAUACUGAAGAACAAACAGGUUGGUGUUUAUUCUUCAUUCAUGAAGCCGUCGGAUACAUUUAAUUUAACAAGUUUGUUUUACACUUUGAGUGAAUUACUUUGUUUAAUCUCAAUGUUAGAAAGUGUUCAAAUGCUAAUAGUUUUGUUCUAAUUUAAACAAUUGUGUAUUAAUUUGUGUAUGACUGUUAAAUAAAGUCAUUUUCAGAAUUUAAUUUUCUCAGGACUGAUUUAUACACAUGAUUUGAAGAAGAUUAGGCUGGGGCUCAGUUUUGGGGUUUCUGGUUAACAGCUGGUGUUGAUGUGGUUUGCUUAUGGCUGAGAAUUUGUACCAAUAAUAAAACCUGUUCUGGUCCACUUCAGGGCCAGUUAUAAGUUAUUAACUGCUCAGACUUGGCCCAGUUAUGACCCAUGUAUAGCCCCUGUUUAUAAUUCAGAUUAGGGCCACUCCAGGGCUGUCAUUUGUUGCAGUAUGUGGGCCGAGAGAAAAGUGGUUGUGUGGACCAGAGCUGGGCCAGAAAACAAUUGAUAUGUGGGUGUCUUUUUGAAUUUGAAAGGACAAAUACACAAAGAUAUCCUAUAUCAAAAUAUCCUUGUAAACACAGUCAGUUAUGUAGUCACAGAUAUUUAAACAGGCACAUAACCCAAGGAUGUUGUUUUUCAUGCUAAAGCUUAAAACUGUCAUUGUCACGUGUUUUUAUUUAUCUUAAUUUCCAUAUUUACAUGCUGCAACGUUGUGUGAUUUUCAAUUAAAUAUUUGACUAAUAAUUCCCUAAUUUCUCUCCUCUAAUCCUCACUCAUGAAGACUGUUGAUGCUGAUCAAAUACCAUGUGAGACUAAUUUGAAUUACUUAUCGUUUAUUUGUGCAGAUCGGGUUUUUGUAAAGAAAACAAAAAACAGAUCACCUUAUACACGCACUAAGUAUAUUCCCGUAUUAUCUCUCUCCUCGCGCCGCUUCACUCCAGUCCAGCGGGUGGCGCUAAAACACACACGAUUGUUUGCCAAACACCAUUAAACCUCAGAGGAAGAAGUUCAGUUUCACGCGCUCUCUGUUGUUUUGUGAUGCUGUUUUAGUACAAUCUGUUAGAAAUGUUGUUUCUGUAAAUAUAAAAAUACAUUUUUUUAAUCAGCUCAGUAAAUACCUGUAAUAUUCUCAUCCUCACAAUCGUAAGUUUUGAAGCAAGCAGGGAAUAUCUGGAGGAGUAUCAGCUGUGAAGAUGGUGUUUGUUAAAGAGGAGAGUGAACCAGAAACCUGUAGAAUAAAACUCGAGGAACCAGAAAUCUUGAGAAUAAAACACGAGGAACCAGAACCCUGCAGAAUAAAACACGAGGAACCAGAACCCUGCAGAAUAAAACAGGAGGAACCAGAACCCUGCAGAAUAAAACAGGAGGAACCAGGAGAAUUGAUUGAAGAAAAAGAGAAGAAUCAAGAAUCAAGUGAAGUUGAGGAGAAAAAUCAUGUCAAAACUGAAGAAAAACCUUUAAGUUGCCAUCAAACCAAACUGAAAGAUUUAAAGAAAAGAAGAGCCAAGAAAUCUUUCACUUGCACUCAGUGUGGAAAGAGCUUCACAUGCAAAACAAGUCUUGGGCGUCACAUGAGAAUUCAUACUGGAGAGAAACCAUUCACUUGUGAGCAGUGCGGGAAGAGUUUCACACAAUCAGCACACCUUAAGUAUCACAUGAACAUCCACACUGAAGAGAAGCAGCAUGCAUGUGAUCAAUGCGGUAAAAUGUUUUUAUGGGCUUCAGUUCUGAAGAAACACUUGAAAGUUCAUGCAAAGGAGAAGCCACAUUCAUGUCAUUUGUGUGGUAAGAGUUUUGUGCAUUUACAAAAUUUGAAAGUAGGUCAGAAAAUGCACACUGCUGUGGAAGAGUACAUGUGCUUCGAGUGUGAAAAGACUUUUACUUCAGUGACGUGUACAAAACUGCAUGAGAGGAUCCACACUGGAGAAAAACCUUAUAAGUGUUCACGCUGUGACAAGAGGUUUAGUCGGUCAACACAUCUGAAAAUACAUGAGAGGAUCCACACUGGAGAGAAACCUUAUAAGUGUCCACAAUGCAAUAAGAGAUUUGGUGAUUCAGGAGACCUAAAAAGACAUGAGAGGAUCCACACUGGAGUGAAACCUUAUAAGUGUUCACACUGUGACAAGAGAUUCAGUCAGUUAGUACAUCUGAAAAGACACAAUAGGAUCCACACUGGAGAGAAACCUCAUAAGUGUUCACGCUGUGACAAGAUAUUCAAUAGGUCAGGAGACCUGAAAACACAUAAGAGGAUCCAUAUUGGAGAGAAACCUUAUCAUUGUUCACACUGUGGCAAGAGAUUCAAUCAUUCAUCACAUCUGAAAACACAUGAGAGGAUCCACACUGGAGAGAAACCGUAUAAGUGUUCACACUGUGACAAGAGAUUCAGUCAUUCAUCAAAUUUGAAAAGACACGAGAAGAUUCACAGUGGAGAGAAACCGUAUCAUUGCACUGCACGUGGGAAGCGUUUUAAUUAAAUCUUCUGCACUACACAGUCAUACAAAAAACAAUCACAGUGAGGCCCCGUACACACAGAGACACAUUUAGCUGUUUAUGUUAAAAAAAAUUGUAUCGUAUUGGCGUUUCGUCCAGACGGAUCUGGCGUUUUGGCAGCCUGAAACCGCUAUUUUUUUAAACCGGGUCUCAGAGUGGAUAAAUCUGAAAACGACACCUUUGUGAUUGGUGUGUACAGCCAAUCUGUAUAUUUUGUGAAACGAUGAUGUCAUCACCCCAUGUCUUUACCCCAGUCAGACACCAACGCUACGUCACGUAAAAGCAACAACAAAGGCGGUCUACAUGCUUGUUCUUUCUGCAGAAGAUACUGUAGGAUAGUUUUAUUAAUCAGAAUAUGAAUUAAUCAAGUAUAAUCAAAGUGAAUAUGACCAGUUAUUUAUCAAGUUAUUCUACUAUUAUAAUAAUGUAUCUUUCUGUGUGUGGCGAGGCCUGCAGAAGAAUGGAAUGUGUAGACGUAUGGUUUCCUUUCACGUAACAUAAAAUGAGGCCUAUUGUCUGUUCCAGGAAGCAGAUAAAGAAGCAGCUAAAAGAAGGUAAAUAAUGACUAUGAUGUAGGAAAUGUAUGGAGCACGCCUUAAAGGAAAAACUGUAUAAAAGAGUUUGCAGACACAAACUCGGGAGAUUCCCUGCAGGGUCUCUCGGCCUUAUUGUCUCUGAUAAUAAAGUCUCUCUUCUGGCAUCAAAACCCCAAGACUUUGAGAGUGAUUUGUCACAGCAAUGGCGGAAGCCACCACACUACUGAGCCUAUUAGCUUUAUUAAUUUUAUUAGCUUUUCUUUUUGUUGUGUUUGGUUUGUAUACAGCGUUCAAGGUUUAUGCGCAUGCUCCAAGUCAUCUUCUCUGUUUUUAUCUCUGUGGCAGAAUUACAGCACCACAUACUGGUCUGUUAUGAAUGCAACAUCAUUUUGAGUCGGUUUCAGUGGUUUUGUGUGUUCUAUUUCUUGAGACAACGCUGUGUUUACGGAAGAGCAAGAAAAUAAAAGAUUGGAUAGGGAAAACUGGCUUCGUGUGGAUGAGCCCUUCAUCUUCAGAUCCAGCAUUUUCAGAUCUGAUGCUGUCUCCUCAUCAAAUACGACACAAUAAUGCAUCAAGCUGUAAAAUAUCAUCUGGAUAAAUCUGUUCUAACCAGACAUUACAAGUGACAUGACAAAGAAACAUUGGUGAUGUUUGUAUUGAUGUGUCAAGUGUUUGUGAUUCGGGGUAUGCA